AGAACGCGAUAGACCCGCGACGAUGCAAUCAUUCGUCUUUGGGAUAUCGUCGGCGCGGCAUUGAGUUCUGACGGACGUGCGGGUAAUCCUGAUUUCGUGCGAAGAAGCGUUCACAGGCGAGAGAAGUCGACUGACGAUGAAAGCGACCAUCGUUCUCGUGUUGAUCGCCAUCAUUGCGGCGACGGUGAUGGCGCAGGAGGACGACUACAUCCAUCUGCCCGGGAAGAGCUGCGAGGACGCACCGGCUUGUCCCGAUGGGAGACCCUGCGUGAUGGCCCCACCUCAUUGCAACUCCGGUACCUGCGGCACCGAUCCGGUACCGACGUGCGGAAAGAAGGCCUAAUCGCGCGCGGAGGGAGAUUUGUUAUCUUCAUGUAUGCUUCGCACCUCUCGCGCGCAAUAAAAAAGUUAUUAUUUCACCGAGA